UCCAACCCCUGCGCUCCAAAACGUCCAACCCAUGUCUUGACGACACACUUGAAUUCUAGCGGAAGACGUCAACGAGAAAAGUUGGACCACACGAUGAGUCGGUAGCGUUUAGCAACUGACGGCGUACACUCGCAAUGGAGCGCCGCGUGGACGUGAAAUUGCCCGUAAAAUAGAAGAGAAAGGCAGCAGCGGGGUGAAACAUGAGCCGGCAGCAGGAGUCCCAGGGAGUGGUCUUGACUGGUUACCACAGCAACGCGGAACUCUUGCCGCAACCUGGACUGUCCGUCGGGUGUCCUACGAGUCUGGAGCACGACCCCCAAGCCGCCAGCCGAAGGACGGGCCACUAUAGCGUCCAGCAGAACCACAAUGCGCUUCCUGGUGACACCCCCAGCGUGGAAAGCCAGCGUCCCAGGCCCUCUGUCUGCUCCAAUCCUGGCUCCAGCCCCAGACACAGUCCUAACACCAGGUUGCGAGGGCGGCCGCCAUGUCAGCGCUCCAACUCACAGGACUCCCUGGAUGAGCUGGAGAUGGACGACUACUGGAAGGAGGUUGAGAACAUCAGUUGCUCUGUAGAGAAGGGAGGAAACGAGGGAGCAAAUGACGAAGAGGAGCAGCAGAAACCUCCUGACGAAGGAGAGCAGGAGGAAGCAUGGCUCAUGGAGGCGGGGCUAGCGAGGCUUUUUGACGGUUCUCUUGCAGCUGACCAGGAGCAGGAAGAAGACAGCGCCGCCUUUCUGUCCACGCUGACACGAGCUCAAGCGGCGGCGGUUGAGCGCCGUUUGACCACGCUACAACAAACCCUGCGGAGGCGCAACCGUCAGCACCUGCCCAAUGUCAGGGAUAUAUUUAGACCGCCUGAAAAGAACAAAGAGCCAUGUGAGGUCCAAGAAUUAAGUGAGAGCUCGCCAAGCGACGCCAGCUCAGCCGAACCGGAGACUGUUAUGAACGUGGACGUGGCCUUUUCGGAGCAGGCGCUCACUUACAGGGACGAGAAACCUCGCCUCACUGCCCAAACAACCCCCAACUCGCCAGAUGAUAAGUUACCGAACUUCAGGCUCCUUAAAGAUAAAACUGGACAAACCAGAGUUGGCCAUUUGUCCCCGCCAGACAUGAAAAAGGUCCGAAGGCUGGCUCUGGUGGAAAUGACGGCUCUUUUCGACACGGCUGGCAUCGACCUGAAACAGCAAAAGGCGGUCAAACUGAAAACGAAAGAAAGUGGUUUGUUCGGAGUUCCACUUGUCACUUUACUGGAUCAGGAUCAAAGAAGGGCAGCUGGGACCAAAGUACCUUUUAUCCUGCAGAGGCUUAUCAGUCAUAUCGAAGAGGAAGGAUUAGAUACAGAAGGCCUGCUCAGGAUUUCCGGCGCUGCCACGAGAGUCAAGUCUCUGUGCCAGGAGUUGGAGUCCUGCUUCUACGACGGCACAUUUCCGUGGCAACAGCUGAAGCAGCACGACGCCGCCAACCUUCUGAAGCUGUUUAUCAGGGAGCUCCCGCACCCGCUGCUGACUGUCGAAUACCUCAACGCCUUCAUUUCCGUCAACAAGCUGCCCACCAAGAAGCAACAGUUGCAGGCUUUGAACCUGCUAGUACUCUUGCUACCUGAAGCCAACCGGGAUAGUUUGAAGGCGCUGAUGGAGUUCUUCCAGCGCGUGAUCGAGCACCAGGCCAAGAACAAAAUGACCCUGAACAACGUCUCUGUCGUCAUGGCGCCCAACAUCUUCAUGUUCAAGGGCUGUCGCUCAAAGGUCACAGAACAGCAGGAGUUGUCCAUGGCGACCGGCACCGCCAACAUCGUGCGGCUGCUCAUUAGAUACCAGAACCUCCUGUGGACUAUCCCCAAGUUCAUACUGACGCAGGUCAGGCAGCAAAACAUGGAGAGCCAGCGCAAGCAGAACAAAGAGCGAGCUAUGCGAAAGUUGCUGAAGAAGAUCACUACAGACAAAUUGCCGGAUAAAGCCGUUCCUGAGCAGGAGAACUCUCAGGGCUUCAUCCGUGUCCACGCGCCGCAGUUCAGCAAAGUGUCCAUGGCGCUCCAGCUCACCGAAGACCUGCAAGCGGCCGACGUACUCACACGCUUUCUCAGCCAGAACAGCUCUGUGGCAGCGAAGCGAGAAGACUUGUGUCUCUACGAGAUUGGCGGAAACAUCAAGGAGCGAUGUCUGGAUGGGGAAACCUUCAUGAAGGACCUCUUUCAGCUCAACCCUGCAGCCGAGUGGGUCAUCAAAGCGGCGCAGUGACGACGCCACUCCAGGAGCUCCAACUUAACUCUACCCUAUGGCCUUUAAACCACUCAAAGUGUUCCCACCGCGUGCAUUUAUUUGAGGAAAAAUGACAAUAUGCUAAUAUAAUAACCCGUGAAAUACUUGUAUUUAAGCGUCAAGGUAACCACUAAUUAUGCUCUUUUCUACUUGAAUGCAGCUCAUGAAGUUGUGGAUGGUUUAAAGCUAUGACCUGCGCAGCCGCAUUAGCAGUGAGCUUUACAAAAAUAAGGGAAAAAAGUCUCGACAAAUAAUUUACUCCACCAAUAUGUAAUCCUGUAUUCUAUGUUUUUAUUGCUUGAUAUGCUGCCUUCUUCAGACUGCACACAAAGUGGCAAUUAUUUGAUUGUGUACAGUUUUAAAGCUGCCGUGUUGACAAAGAUGAAACUAAGCCUUGUAUUAUUUCGUUUACUGUGAUUUAAAAUCAAUACCAUUAUUGAUCGUAUACCUGCUUUUUCCAUGACCACUACAACUGCAUGUAAAUAAACUUUUA